UAUAUUUUGAUAGUAUUUUUAUAACAUAUAUUUAAUUUAAUAGAUGAUAUUAUUUUGAAUCUCAAUUAUGGCACGAAAAGAGGAACCAAAGAUUCAGGCCAACAAUGACCUAGAGAAAAAAAUAAUAGAGGCGUUCGAAGUGUUUGAUCAUUCUGGAAAGCAAGUAGUAGAUGUUCGAGAAAUAGGCACCAUAUUGCGUUCAUUGGGAUGUUGCCCAACUGAAGCGGAAAUACAAGAAGUGAUUUUGGCUACAGAAAACAAGGAGGCUACUGGAAAUGUUCCUUUGGCAAAUUUUUUGCCUUACAUGUGUAAGGUGAUGAUAGAGCACAGGUUUUAUCCAGCUAGUGCAGAGAUGUUAUUAGCUGCUUUCCGAUACUUUGAUAAAGAGGGUCGGGGUUACCUCACCAAGGAGAGAUUUACACAACUCAUGAUGGAAGAAGGAGAGCCCUUUACACAGGAGGAAUUUGAAGAAAUGAUGCAGACUGCGCUCGAUCCUGUUUCUGAUACGAUCACAUACGAAUACUACAUUAAUCAACUCAUGGUUGCCCCCAAAGAUGUUUAUGAUAUAGCUGAUGCGCAAGAAGCAGAGAGAAAAAGGCUAGAGGCCGCAGCACCAAAGAAGAGACGAGCGUCUUCGUUAUUGCGCGCUGCCCAAAACUAACUUAUCGUUGAAGAUGAAAUUGCCGAUACCCCGUCGCCUCCGAAGUAAAGUGAAAUUUUUGUUGAAACAUUAAUACUCAUUC